AUGGCGUUGCUCCUCCUCCGCAGGUGUGGCUGCGAUGAGCACGUGCAUGCUCGCCGCACGCCGCUCCCAAAUCGCCUCCGCGCCGCAGGCACGCUCCCGGUUACCACCAAAUGCGCGAUCGAUAGUAACAACGUUCAUCCGGCGAUCGCCCGUUUCGUCUUGCCGCUCGGCGCCACCAUCAACAUGGACGGCUCCGCUAUUGGUUUCCCGUGCAGAGUCUUCUUUGUGGCUCUUGCACAGGGAACGUGGACCAACCCGAGCCCGGCCGAUUUGUUCACCACCGCGCUCAUCUCGACGCUCAUGUCCAUUGGGGCGGCCCCGAUACCAAACGCAGGCCUGGUGCUGCUCACUCUCAUCCUCAACACGUGGAUCCCCGACCGGCUCGAGACGAUCACCAACGUCACCGGCGACAGCCUCGCCUGCGUGAUCAUCAAUCACCGCUAUCGAAAGGCGGUGGAGCGCUCGGUGCGGUUGAGCCAGCACUUAGCAGCGGAGGCGCAAGUCUCCCGCGCGGAAAAUACGGUGGCAGAGGCGUCGAAACGCGUUGACGACGUGGAUGGGGCGGACUGA